UUUCCAGCGUAGAAGAAGGGGGCGUCCUCUCCUGACAGCCGCCAUGCUCACCCUGCUGCACCGUUGUGGACGAACCUUGCUGACACCCAGCACCGUCCGGGCCGUGGACAGGACCUUCUACUCGUCUCAGAUGGGGAAACGCGUGGCCGUGGUGCUGUCGGGCUGCGGGGUUUAUGACGGCAGUGAGAUCCACGAAGCCUCCGCUAUUUUAGUCCAUCUGAGCAGAGGAGGCGCGAGUGUAAACAUGUUUGCCCCCAGCAUUGACCAGAUGCACGUCGUGAACCACCUGAAAGGCGAACCUUCAGAGGAGAAGAGAAACGUGUUGGUGGAAAGCGCCAGGCUGGCCCGUGGAGACAUCCAGGAUCUGUCCAAACUCAGCGUCAAAGACCAUGACGCGAUUAUUUUCCCAGGCGGUUUUGGGGCAGCCAAGAACCUCUGCACAUGGGCGGUGCAGGGGAAGGACUGCUCCGUUAACGAUGAAGUCAGAGCCACUCUGCAGGCGUUCCACAGCGAGGGUAAACCCAUCGGCCUCUGCUGCAUCUCACCUGUCCUGGCUGCGAAGGUGUUCCCCGGCUGUGAGGUCACCGUCGGCCUCGAGAAGGACGACAAGUAUCCGAACACGACCGACACUGCGGCGGCCAUCAACCAGCUCGGCUGCAAACACGUCAACAAGAGCGUCACCGAGAGCCACGUGGACGACAAGAACAAAAUCAUCACCACCUGUGCCUUCAUGUGCAACGCUCCGAUCCACCAAGUGUUCGACGGAAUCGGGUCGAUGGUGCAGGACGUCCUGAAACGCGCCUGAUUCGACGGAAACUUCAGAGACGGUGGAAGCACAGAAGUGAUUGGUGGGCUGUCGUUUUAGAGAGCUUUGGCAUUAGCGUAACAUCAAGAUUUAAAAGCACUUAAAGAUGCUCCUGAAAUAAUUGUGGUAGCGCUACAUGGUCUGAUUUUGCACAUUCAUCUAUUAUCUGACCUGACUGGGUUGUAUUCUGACGCUUUGUCUCGUGAUUUCAGUGUGAAUCGGAUGUAGAACCUCACAGCAGUUCAUAUUGUCCACAAAAAUGCAAUAAAAUCAACAAUUUCA